AUGUGGCAUAGAGGAGUUUUAACCUUGCUUUGUAACUCAUGUCGAUAUGUUAUUCACAAGUGGCAUGUUCCAUUGUUGGGAGUCGAUUGUAACGCAAACCCAAGACACAAACAGGUUUUAUCUAACCCUGCACCUAGGUCUAGAGGAAUUCCGAAAUAUUUAGAGAAGUACAUUUUUUACAAGCAAGCACCUCGGAACCCUAAAUACAAGUCUCAGUUUAUUAAUAUGUACACGGCAGGUAGGAAGUAUAGACAACAGAUUAAGAAGACUGGUUAA